AUGCUAGCCCGUCUAAAAUGGGACAGGGACAGGAAGGGAGUGGGGUGGUGGAUGCGCGAGACAUCCGAACGGAUGGCCCCUGUUCGUAAAACAGGGGCCAUCACCACCACUGAGACGAAUUUCGUGCAAUUCGUCUCAACUUGCACAGUGGAAAACGCCGGAAUAACGGAGGAGGGACAGCUAGUGUUUUACGACUCCGAGGCCGUCAUCGCCCUCGGAGACUCGCCUAGAAAGUAUAUGAAAGACCUCUUUCGAGCGUUCACGACAGAGAACGCGCAGACGGUCGUGGACUCUUUGGCGGGCAUGGGAGUCCUGGACCUCAGCAAGUGUCGCAACUCGAGGGACACCAGGAGCCUCACGGAGGCGGUCCAGGCGGUCAUGGGACAACUGCUACAAGCAGGCAACCCAGAGGGCGUACAUGCCAUAGUAAAGGAGCAGAAAGAUCUCAGGAGGAACCAGUCGCGGGUGUUCAGGCCCAGGCUCGAGUUCCUGUACUUGCUCAGAAACUCUGGCAUGGUAGAUGCAACUUGCCGAAAGUUGGACCCCCUUUGGGACUCUGCGGAAACUCUUAAGUCUAUCCUGCCCAACCCUCCAAUGGAUUCGGCUCUCCUUGCGGUCGUAUGGCCCGAGAGGUCUUUGUGGACACCCCGAACUUGGUGA